AUGGACGAUGCCAACGAGAAGAAACGUGUCAUACUUGAUGAUGAUCAAGAAGAGGUUUAUGAAACUCCUCCGCACAUGUUCUUUUGCUUAUGCGGACAAAUGGCGUUAAUUCUAGAUUGUGCACUGGAGUAUUUACCACUGCGAAAGCGUGAUCACGCCCGUGUGAUCGAUUCAAAGCAGCAUGCGCAUAAGAAAUACUGUAAAGACGAAGAUACUCCUGCCUAUAUUCGACGCAAAGACGGUGGCAUCGAGACUCAGUAUCGAAAGAAAUGUUUAAAGUGUGGUCUUUCUCUAUACUAUCAGCAUACCUUGAAUAGUCCAAUAACAUUUAUUUUUGAUGGUGCACUAUCGACUGAAGCGAACGACGCAUCGAAUAUCUAUAAUCAAGUAUUAGGCGCUGAGCCUAAGAAAGUGAUUAAAAAUAUAAAACGUGAAGAUCGUGGAAAGACAUCAUCGGUGACAGUAUCAACGUUAGAUGAAGAAGAAGAAGAAUUGGAAGCACGAGAAAUAGCUAAUUCUUAUACACAGAAUGCACGUGUUAUUGAGAAGCAAUUAGAACGUAAAGGAAUGAACAAGCGCAAAGCAAUUGAAGAAGCUGCACGACGUGAACAAGAAACGAAACGGGCUAACAUUCGUGGUACAUUGAUUGACAAAUAA